GUGAAUGACGUCAAACGCUUUAUUUUGUCCACCAGAUUCACUUGAUGCCAUUGUUUACAGGUAUGCGCCGAUAGGGUUGGUUUUACAUUGAGGAUUUUGCGACCAGUAAGCGGAAAACUAGUCGCCAGGUUUGCAGAAUGCUUUGAAUAUUAACAUAUUAAACUUGUGUCUGUUUACUCCUUACCUCAAAGUUUGUUCACAAAGCAGUGUAUAGACCUUUCCCGCAUCCCGCUCCAGUGAGCAAACAUAACAAAAUGAGGUCGAGGCUUGGAUGCACAAUUUCAUACAAAUCACUGCAUUUUGUCCACCAGAGCCUCGACUUGAUGCCUUUGUUUACAGGUAUGCGGGAAAGGUCUAUUGUUGAGUAGCGAUAGUUGGUUGGUUUUACAUUGUCACGUUUUCAUGUGAUUGUCACCGCCCUCUCGACCAGUCAGAAGUAGGGCCAAAACUAGUCGUGACAUUCAGCAAUGAGUAUUGUGAACUUCUUUUUGGCUUAAAGAAUUAGAAGUCUGAUUUGCUCAUUGACUAAUUUUCGCCUGUUUUAAUUAUUCAAACUGAUUACUUUGAUUGAAGACCGCGUUGACACAGGUCCGGACAAAUUUUUGUACGGACAAAAACUAGCACAGAUAGCUGUCUGCCUUUCCUUGACAAGGAAGCGCGGAAAAUUGCAAGUUUUUGAAUGGCAAACAGUCCUGUAAUCUCUAACAGAAUUUACACGGUUUUGUGUAAACGGGUUGUACGGAUAAAAAAUUCGUCCGUUCAAACAUCUUUCCAGACCCUUGUAAACGGAUCCAUGCAAGUUUUUGUCCGUACAAAAAUUUGUCCAGACCCGUGUAAAGACUAAACGGGCUCUAAUUUUACGAUAAUGACUCAUUUUAAAAAAACUUAUUAAAUUUGUUUAACAUUCGCCCUAAACAAUCCGAUUUUGAAAUUUCAAGGUUUUUCUUUGGCUUUCCUGCGUGGUAGGAACAGCUUCGGACACAGGGUUAAGAGUUUGCUUCAUACUAUGACGAGUCCAACGUUGAAUCCCGGGGUCAGUUUGUACUUUAUUCCCACUUUGCUCAGAUCUUCUGUGGGGCUUUUCUGUCAUAUCACCUUAUCAAGAAAUAACGUUCCCAAAGGAUAUUCUACCUUUUUCUUUGCUGUUGGAUCUAUGGUACUCUCGACUAAGAAUAACUCGGAAAAUAGGGAAAGUUUUUCUUUUCAUUUGGUUGCUUAUUCCUUGAAAAAAGUGCUCUAAGUGAUCUUGAGAUAUGUAUUCUGUGUAGAACUUGUGGCUGGAGAGAACGACCUACGUUACCGCCGUACCAAUGCCUGGAAUCCUACGGUGGUCUCAAAUCAUUUCUUCAGAAAGUGUAAGUUGAUUUUUUUAUUAUCAUUAUUUUGUUUUAUUUUUUAUCAUCAGUUUUAAACACGUGUAGGAAUAUCUAUAGAGCAAAAAGUUUCCCAGACCUACGAAAUAGUUACAUUGCGGUUUGUGAGAGGACCUGAGAGGGCUAACAGGCGCAUUUUAUGGCUGUAUUUGCAAUAAAUACUAGUUUUUAAUUACAAUAUACAUAACAAGUUAUAACAAAUAGAGAUAAUUACACACCUAUUUACCACGGUAACGGACCUCGGGAUCGUCUGUUGUGUGAGUGAUGUUGUGGUCGUUGUUUCCAGGUGGAAAUCAGUCCUGUGGUGAAUGCUGUCGAAACGAUGGAAUCCAAGAACAAUGAACUGGAGAGAGUCAUCACUCGUAUUCAAUCGGACCUCACGCAGAGCAUCAAUCCCCUCAGUAUGAUUCUUAAUGGUAUUAUAGACGCUGCUGUCAUGGGAGGGAUAGCCAAGUAUGAGGAGGUUGGUAUUGACUGACCCUCCCCUCUCAAGCUCUUCUUAAUUUAACUGUCAUUAGAGGGAUAGCAAAGUGGAAGGAGAUUGGUAUGGAUCUGCCCUCCCCUUCUACAACAUUUAUGAAAGGUUACCGUAUUAUCGAUGCUGAAUUGCCUUCCUGGAAAAACCGGCCUACUCGUUUAUGAUCCUUUCUGCGGGGUUUAACUUGAAUGGGCGCUUUUAACGUUAGAAUGAGGCUGAGUAUCUUAUGAAGAAUUAUGGAGAUCGAGGAGGGUGUUACGGCCUCGACGGAUAACACCCUCAGAGAUCUCCGUAAUUCUUCAUAAGAUACGAAAGCCGAAUUCAAUAAUCGUUUUAUUAUUCAUUCAAAAUAAUUCCUAGUUCAAAAACAUAGCUAAAACAAGCUUACCUCCAUCGAUGUUAAGUUCAUCGUCGAUAGUGCACGUUUAGGGUUGUUCAGCUCCGCAAAUAUUCUCCAAAUAGAAGAUGUCGCCCUUCGAGUUGUCUUUUUGCUGUUCUUGCCAUGUUUUUAGCUAUUAUUUCGCCUAGUUCUUACUCUUGGAACGAGUGAAAUGUCCGCCAUUUUUGUUUUCACAACCAAAACCACUCAACCUCGUCCCCAAGUCUUCUCGGUUAGGGGUUCAUUAACUGCAUGAAGGCUGCACUUUUGACGUCAUCUGUUCAUUCAUCGCAAAAUUCUUUCAAAUUUGGUCAUCAGUAGCAUGUAAUGGUGAAUUAUGCGUGUGCCUUUAGCCAGUCAGAAUCGGGGAAAAAUUUUGAAUGAAUAAUAUAUUCUCCCAUUGUGUGCCUUUAACUUUAAAGAUCUUCCCAUUGUGCGCAGUUAACUUGUCUAUGGCUUAAACUAACGGUAAUGUUGUUUUAUCCCCUUAGUUAAAUUUCUUUCUUUUCCACCUUUUAGGCAUUUUUCAUCCCGGAGUAUCUGCAAAAGAAUCCUACCGAUAAAGAGAUUGUCGAUCGACUUAAACGGACCAUGGAGAAGCAGGUCAGGAUCUACAGUUGGUCAUAGUUAAGAUACGUGGAAACAGAACGACAACUCCCACCAUCGUUGGGCUAACAAUGUUGGGAGUUGUUGCGUCCGUGUUGGCAGUGGUUUCUAAGCGGAUGCAACAACUCCCAACGAUGCUGGGACCUGUAGUGCAUCGUGGGAAGGAUACACCCCAUAAGACUUUGGAGAACAUGGGUUAUGCGCGUGCGUGGCCCCAACACUGUUGGAAGAGCUGUGCAAACGGAUCCAACAUUGUUGCGCAACGCUUCGGCGAUCACGGAACAAAAGAAAUGUUCGGAGUUGUUGGCUCAAACUUUUGACCGGUUUCAAAUGCAACAGGGUGUGCAAACAGACGCAACAUGCAACAUCCAAUAGUGUUGGAAGUUGUUGGCCAACAAUGUUACGUCCAUUUGCACGGGGCUUUUUUCACGCUUCCCUGAUUUGGUGUCUGAUUUACCUUUUUCUGCGAACAUUCUGUCAUUGUAGGUCACGUUAUUGGAGAAGGGUCUGAAACUUCAUGACCAAUUAGCCACCAAAGACUUGCGUCCAUUUCACCAAAAGUUGGAGACGUGCUUUGCAGAUAUGCAGGCUCGUGUUACUGGAAAGGAGAAGAAGCCGCCGAGACCUAAAGAUGUAGGUUCUAGAAAUUUAAAUCAGUGAAAGUAGUUAGAUAUAUUGCCAUUUGAUAGAUUGUGCUCGAAGAAGUAGCAUAAUAUGCUACCUAGCAGUGCUCGUAUAUUUCUAAAAGUAUGCUAAUAAUUAUGCUAGUUUUUGUAAACUAUGCUCAUUUUAGCAAAAUAUACAGAAAUUAUGCUUCUACUUUUUACUUUAAGGGCCUGUUUCCAUGGUGGUGGGGGACCCCAGGUAGGUGAGGUGACCUGCUUAGGUGGGUUAACCCUCCUGUCCAUACAAUCUCUCAUAUGUUCACCCCACCUAUCAUGUAAACGUGAUCAAAUUGAAAUAAGAGAUUAUAUGAACAGGCGGGUUACCCCACCUAUGCGGGUUACCUCACCUACCUGGGGUCCCCAACCUCCAUGUAAACAGGCCCUAAAUUUGGUAAAAAUACCUCAAUAACUAUGCAAAAAACAACUAAAUGGCAAACGCAUUUACCCUAUUUACAUCUAGAAACUUCUUAAAAGAGUGCAAAAUUUUUCUCUAAAAAAUAUAAAAACUCAUACAAAAAACAAAACACGGAGGCCAUCGUGGGUAGCCGAGCUGGGCAGUAAUGCGCAUGUGUUGAGUUCUGUGGAAAGGUCCUGGAUCACUUCCUGUCAGACUCAGGUCCCAUGAAUGUGACAAUAAGCAGACAAAGAAAAACCUUUUCUACUUAAGUUUACCCGUAACAGUUAUCUGGGGUCAAAAAAAAUUGGUUGCAUGAUCAAUAAUUGACAAUUUUGUGCUGCAAAACUAGCCAAAAGUGCAAAUUUUGUUAGCAGUGCUUUUUUACGGAAGUACAUGAAAAUUAUGCUGGUAAUGACGAAUUAAUUUAUGCCAAGAAUUAUGCUAGCACUUUCUAUCAAAGCCUACAGAUUAGAUACAUCUAACUAUUGUCCGGAAUCACCUAAAAUGAUUUUGGUAACUUCGAGCUACCCCAUAUCCUAUCUUCGGAAAUGUUUGUUUGAUUGUCAGGAAGAAUCAGAAGUUUGUGCUAAUACACUCGAACCUCGUUAAAAAAAGAAAUUAAUUUUAAAAAAAGCAAGGAAAAAACGUCAGGUCCCAGUAGGUGUGUUGUAAGAUAAGGAAUGGAAGAAGUUAAUAAUCACCCAGACCAAACGGCCAAGGGGGAAAUCUUUUCUUCAAUGACAGCCCUUAUGAGAAAAGGAAAGAUUGUUUUGUUGUUAGUCAGAGAGAAAUACCAAGCUUUAACGAUCCCGAUGAAUUUUUUUUCUUAUGGUGCCAUUUUGAGGUCAGGGAAUGUUACGGGAAAGCUAGCACUUCCUCUAUUAGCUAUGACGAGUAAUAUUACCAAAUUCCUUGCAAAAACAGUCCCGUAUAUAGCGGAAUUAAACACAUCGCCAACCCACUCUCUGUAUAUACUCAUGGCCAUUACCUCCGUGAGAAGUGCGGAAUUUGAAAAUGAUAACUCUUUUUUUAUUAUUCCUUAGCUUCCACUGCCGCCGAUUCCGCCGUCUCCAAGUUUACGGAUCAAAAAGGAUGAGAGAAAGCAUAGUUUACCCGGCGAUUUUCAGAGAGAGUAGGUUGCGUCAUUUGCUUGGUGCUUACUCUACACUGAGUUCAUCUUCUCACAACUGUUUAAGUUCUUGCGAACUAAGUUUGUUAUUGUGGUUUAUCUGACACGAGUUUAUUUUAUCAUCAGCGUUAACUCAGGGACGAAUUCCAAACCAACACGACGCCAAAGCGAGAUGACUUCACCGCGUAAGAGCAUGUGGUACCCGAAGGAGGAGAAGGAGGAGCCACAAACCCGUAAGGUAGUGCAUGAUUUCGUUCUUGUUUUUUUUCUUUGUAAACUUUAUGACUCUUGGAGGCAUUACUUCAUGCAGCUAGAUUAUAUACAAAAAAUAUUGAAUGAACUUGUGUCUGGGAUGUUGUUUGUUCAAGGCAUUCCCACAAGUGCAGUGCAUCGAUUUAAGUGAGACAGGUCAAGUUUUGCCUCUCGCCAUUUUGACUGGUGAAAACUAAAGCUUAUCAACUAUUUUGGGGUCAGUUACUUUUUGAGGGCUAGAGUGUCACCUGAAUGGAGGUUAAACCCGGGUUUCGGGAACCAGAAAAUAAAAAACAGCUGAGCUAACAAAAUCUCGUGCCCAGGGCUUGUCGGUUGCCAGGUCCUUUUUUUCUGUCGUUAUCCUGUACCAUUCAUGUCAUUUAUCGGAUAUCGCAAACGUCUUUCAAAUUUGGUAAACUCUAGUCAUGAAGAAUUAGCCUGGGGAUUUGAGCCAAUCAGAAACGGAGAAAUAUUUUGAAUGAAUAAAUAUUUCAAUUUUUUUGUAAAAACUUAACAAAUGAUUAGGCAAAUACAAACACAGUAGUUGAUACCAUAGGUUUCUAACCAUUUCGCCAUGACCUGAGCUAUGAGUAAGUGGGUUAAGGUCCCUCUUUCAAGUCAAUCGCGAGUUCCCUUCUUGAGUUGUCUUUCUGGUUCCAUUCGCAGAUUUCUGGAUCCAAGUCACUAGACGCUCUUACGGAAAUAGAUGAACCAGCCCCGCCAGUUCCAAAGAAGGGCUCCAAAUCAGACAUUUCAUCUGCGGACUCCCCUGAAACGGUUCCUCGUAGAGCUGGUCUUGUUAAACAAAAGUCUCUCCAAAGGAGUUCAUCGCCGGCGAGCUUGAUCAGAGCGGCGACCUCGCCACUACAAGACAAGUAAUGUCUUUUUUGUUGUUUUUUUUUUGUUUAGUCUAAUAAAGUCACAGCUCUCGAGAGCGGCGUUCUCGGAAAUACACUGAAGGGCAUGUAGCUAGAGGUAAUCCUUUACGAACCGUGACGGAUUUUGUUUUGUUUAACCCGAAGUUUGAUUUAUGCUUUUCCCACUGAGUGGACGCUGACUAGAUCUUAAAAACAAAAAAAGACCAGCCUGUAAUUGAAAAAAGAAGUCGCUGUCGCUUAUGUAAGCGGUCAGUGACGAUAGCUUCAUAUUUCAUUCAAACGGGGAGCGUUGAAUGGAUAGAAGUAUUUGCUGUCGGACGUUUGCUUUGGCUUUACACCCCUUGUAAGCUCAGAUAUAUUAAUCAGUUCUCGUACAACGCAAGCGUUGGGCAAGUGUUUGGCACCUGUAGUUCUCAGUGGGGGAUCCAGAGGAGGGGCCCCAAACGGGGAGCGUUGAAUGGAUAAAAGUAUUUGCUGUCGGACGUUUGCUUUGGCUUUACACCCCUUGUAAGCUCUGUUUUACCACCCCGUACGAGAGUACUCAUUACGUUAACUGAAAAAAAAAAACCCAGAUAUAUUAAUCAGUUCUCGUACAACGCAAGCGUUGGGCAAGUGUUUGGCACCUGUAGUUCUCAGUGGGGGAUCCAGAGGAGGGGCCUGGGGACCCCACCGCCCCCCCCCCCCUUAUUUUUAGACCAAACUGAGGCCCGAAGGGCCGAAAUAAAUUUUUUUAGAGACCGCCCGCGCCCCCGAUAUCUCAAGGUCUGGAUGACCUCCCCCUCCUUUAUCUGAAGGUCUAGAUUCACCUCUGGUUCUUCAGUCUAUACUGGGCGACUACAAGGAAACACUGCCUUGUUUUUUAAACUUAUCAUUUUUGUUAUCCUCUUUCAUUUUAGUGGAGAAAUUUCUCCUGCCCUCCCUCCAAAGCGUAAGAGUAUUUAUGCGUCCAGUCCUUCCGAAAGCAGCUCCACUCCCAUACCACCACCACUCCCUUCACGAAGCUUGGGCGGUGUACCGACUACUUUUGCGGUUAAUGGUUCAGGUACAGUUGAUGAAACCAAAGCAGAGCGUGCUGCUGAACAGGACAAUCUCCCUGCUCUGCCUCCAAAGAAAUCUGUGUCUCGGAUGUCAGCUGAAGUAGACCUCUCUCCCGUUUCACAGGUAAGAAAUGGGUGGUCCCUUUCAGUGCCAAAGUUGACCCGCCAAGUUCAGCAAAAUUUCUAAAUUUCAUGUUGUAAAAUGGUGAAGAAAGAAAUAGCACCAUGUGAAAGUAAAGAAGGUUUAAUUUGAAUGGUUCUACCUUAGGAUUUUGUCCGCGGACGCAAACGUCAGAGCUACCUUACGAGACUCCAUCGUUUCUUGUGGCAGUGAAAUAAAGGGCUAAAAGUCGGGAUUAAUUUAGGUUUCUAGGAAACUUCCCACCUACCCCUCCCCUAAGCUAACAUUAACACUUGCUUCUCACUUUGGGCAAAAUGAUGGCUUGGGGGAGGGGUAGGUGGGCAGUUUGCCAGAAGCCUAAAUUGAUCCAAAAGUCGUUCCUUUAUGAAACUUGGUGCAACCAAUGCAAGAGUUGCCAUCAUCGUCACGUGUUCUUAUGGUUAAUAUUCUUUCAUUUCUCUCUUACUCUUUUUUCAAGCGUCGCUCUACCAUUGCAACCCCAGAAAACAGUUCAAGUUUAGCGCCGGAGCUUCCCGAGAAAAGAAAAAGUUACGCAAGCACCGCAUCCAGCCGGGCCUCAUCAGUCUUUUCUGAUCCACCCUCGGACCCAACAUGUCCAUUGUCCCCGCUGUCUCCCUCGGGGAAUUUUAUCGAUAGCUUGGGCAAUAAAAUUCCCAAUCCCUUUCCUUCGGAAUCCCGUGGAUCUUCGGUGUCCUCCGAAUCAACAUUACUCGCCACGAAUUCCCGACCGGGAGUGGGCGACUUCGCAUCACCGAGUUCCAACGGAUAUAGUUACGUAUCACCUCCGACAUCCCCCCGAGUGCCAUAUGACAUUUUAUCAUCUCCUAAUCAGUCAGUUGCCAGCUGGGUUUCGGAAAGCAGUUAUUAUUCAGCGUCGUCAUCUUUUGAUGCUGAAGAUCGGUCGCCUAAGAGUCCACCCCCGCCGAAGAGAGAUUUUCUUGCGGAGACGAUGCCAAUGUCUUCAACUCCAAGAAAUUUAGACUUUUUUUCGAGAAGCUUACCGACAGUGAUAGACUCAAGUCCGCCGCUCGUACCUGUUAAAAAUAGACUCACAUUCUCAUCCUCGGUUGAAAGUAGGUUCAUUUCAGAAACGACGUCAUCAAAUACGAACUCGGAAAUGAGGUUCAUGUCACGUGAGGAGCCAACAACGAAGCCUCGAACACCAGUCCCCAUUCCUCGAAGAGGGACGGUAGGCUCGUCCAGUAGACCUGGCCUGUUAUCCCGGUCUGCCUCCGAUACGUCUGGGCAAAGACUGCACCUUGAAGGCUCAGGCCAAGAAAGGGUUCCACCACCUGUGAAACCGCGAAUGUCACUACAAUUUGCAUCCGAUCAGGGGCUGAAGACCCCGCCGCCCAAACCCCCACGACCAUCCCAAUCUUCAACGCCUCGAGCACCUCCACCGAAGCCGAAGCCUUACGCUUCUAAAUCGGCGGGCAAUUCUCCAACGUCUAAACGAAAGGCCGAGAAUACAGAAGGAAAGGAAACGUAACGAGACCUUUCCAUGUACAGAUGAAUUUUCGUAUCAGUCGUCUCAUUUAAAAUAGUAAUCAAUUGUAUCUGAUACGCAAAAGUAUGUCUAUUUUCCGACGCGCAGCCGCGACCUCGCCACUUUAGAAACGGGAAGGGAACUGGAGCCGAAAUACGUCCCGCAAUUGUUUCUGGGAUCGUUACUGCGACGCGCCCACCAAUCAAUCCCAGAAGUCUUUGCGAAAAGUUUCUCGGCCCAGUUCCCCUCUCGAAUUGAUGCGCUGGUUCACUUGCUAUGUUGACGAAUACGUGAAUGAGCAAUAUGAUUUUAAUUGGGCAAUAUAAUUUGUUACAGCCAAGAUUACUUUGUAUUCUUGCACAUCUACACUGCUUGGCUGGCUGUCAGCUUAAGAAAGUCAGUGUGAAACCUGACUAAAUCACACAUGUACAUACUAAAACUGUUUUAUAAGCAAAAUUUAUGACAAAAACAAGUGUUUUCUCUGGAAUAAUAUGGGAAAAUUAUCACAACAACUAAAGUCACUGCUGUGCAAACAGUUAUGUAGUAUCUUUUAUCGUGGUCAAAAGUAAAUAGCGUUAGUAAUAUACAGAUUGUUUAUCAAGUUAACACAAUUUUUU